AUGGCAAUGAAGGAAUCCUCAAAGGAAGAGGUUGAACAACAAGUUGAGAACGAGCUUGAGUCCAAGGAGGAGAAAUUGGAGGAGAAGGAGGGCAUUUUCCUCGGCCAUAAAGUUUCAAAAAAUGGCAUUGAGGUUGAUCCGUCCAAAGUUUCGGUGAUUGAGAAAUUGCCCCCUCCUACUUCUAUCACGGGAGUACAUGCUUUUCUUGGGCAUGCCGGUUUCUACCGGAGAUUUAUCAAAGAUUUUUCGUCAAUCGCCAAACCUUUGACCGAAUUACACAAAAAGGAUGUUGCUUUUAAGUUCAAUGAGGCUUGCCUUGAGGCAUUUCGUAAGCUCAAGGAAGCUCUCAUCUCCUCUCCCGUUGUGCAAGCUUCGGAUUGA